CAGCUUUAAAACAGCAUGCUACAAACAGCAUGUUUUUUACUGAAUUAGAUCAAAAAACUAUUUAUCUAUUAUAACAAAAACAUGUGUCAGAUGAUACCAAAGAUGAAUAGAAUAUUGAUUAUGAUUCCUUCUCGAAUUAGCAGUUACCAUCGAAGGAUUUUUAUACGUCAAACUUGGGCAGAUUUAAGAAAGCGCGACCUCAAAUUGAAUUACACGAUCAUAUUCUUCGUUGGCAAACCGGAAGGAGCCAAUCAACGGGCAUCAUUAGAAGCGGAAAAGUCUCUUUUCGGAGAUCUAGCAAUUCUAACGUUAGCCGAUGUUUAUUAUGACCUUACGAGUAAAAUGAUGGCCCUGUUCUCAUGGGCCGAGCACUUCUGUCGCGAUGCUUUUUUCGUAUACAAAGUCGACGACGACGUUUACUUGCAUUUGGAAAAUAUGGAAAAGCGAAUACAGUUCAUAAUCAAAAAGCAGUCUUUCAGUAGAUCCUUAUAUGGAGGAAGAUGUCACAAAUAUCCUUUAAUUGAACGAGAAAAGAAGAGCAAAUUCUAUGUCUCAUACGAGGAAAACAACUCAACUUUCUUCCCUCCUUAUUGUGAAGGUCCCUUCUACUUCAUGUCGGCUCAUUUAGCUUUCGACUUAGCCAGGCAUUGUUGGGAUCUCCCGUACAACAAAUUCGAAGAUGUUUUUGUGGGUGCAUGCAUUAAGUUUGUUCACCCGGAAACAAAGUUUUUGAACAUUUCUCGCAAAUUCAUGCGUUUCGAAUUUAAACAGGAAAACAAAGCAAAACAUCAACGGCCAUAUAAAAUAGACAAGAUUCAACCAGGAUUCGGUAAAUUAUCAGUGGCACUGCAUUCUAUGAAUACAAACCAAAUGUUGAGACUUCAUCAAAAGUUAACCAGCAACAAAAUAUCAGGGACAGAAAAUACCAUCAAGUUUUACUUACAGGAACUGAGCAAGAAAGCUUUUGUGUUCAAAAACAAUACCUGA